UUCUUCUUGAUCUCUCAUUGGCUGCUGGUUCUCCUUUAAGUCCGUCCUAAAAAGUAACUUUCAGUUCAUCGCCUGUGCUCGGAAGCACUUUGAACAGCAACAUCAAGAGGAGAGAGUUCCCUAAAAGAUAAAGAAAAAGCCAAAAGAUUAGCAAUGAGGCCAACAAUCAACAGGAGGAAAUCGACUUUGAGGUGAUACUUGUUGCUCACGAGUAGUCAGCGUGGGGAUCGAACCACAGCAAACUCCCGAGCCUCAGCUCCUCCAUCUACGUCUCCAACACCAGCGACGCGUCUUUUACGCACAGAAGAUGGAGCCCAAAGUCCACAGCAGGAUGGGAUCCGUGAGCGACUCCCCCGACAUUAUCGAGGGGGGCUACACGGACAUGAAACCCCCCAGCGAGCCGCAGUCCUCCUACGUAGACGCGGCGGCACCGAGCCGCCAUUGCGUGUCCUCCAGCGGGGACGCGUUCCUGUUGGAGGCGCCACGCCUGUACGAGCGUGCGGACUUUUUAAAGUGUGACAGCUCACCUUGGGACCACUUUGUCAAAACCCAGCAAACCAGCUUGGCCGCGCCGGAGAGUCUGGAUCCAGUCGGCGCAGGUUCGAGCCUCGCUCCCCCCUCCGCGGCGUGCAAGUUCAUCAAGGACGAACAAGAAGCUUCUGUCAACCGAACUGGAUCUGCUUCCUGUCCCACCUUUGACCCGCCGCCGGACGCCUUCAUCACCUGCUGUCAAGGCGACCGGAAGCAGAUCCAGUUCGGUUUCGGUGAUCCGGAGUGCGCACGCUUCCCUCCAGCUGGUCCCAGACGCACUCAGGAAGCUUCCUCGAACUUUCUGGGCCAAAUGAAGCAAGCGGAGCAGCAGAGGGGAGCCCAAGCCGGGAAGGGAACCUUCCACCUGGACCCGACCUCCCCCACACACCUGGCCGUGUACAAGGGCGAGGUUCCCCGCUGGCAGAUGCCCAUGGGUCCCGCCGAGCCGCAGUUCUGGUGCCAGCCCGCGGAGGACCAGUUUACGCACGGAUACAAUGGAGUCCACACCCCCGCCUUGGUCCACAGGAACCAGACACCUUUCAGUGCUUUUCAUGGAAUGUCCCCUCAGAGGUCGUGUGUUAUCUGCGGGGACGAGGCGUCGGGCUGCCACUACGGGGUUCUGACCUGCGGGAGCUGCAAAGUGUUUUUUAAAAGAGCGGUAGAAGGACACCACAGCUACCUCUGCGCCGGGCGCAACGACUGUAUCGUGGACAAAAUACGCAGGAAGAACUGUCCGGCGUGUCGCCUUCGGAAGUGCUACCAGGCGGGGAUGAUGCUGGGAGGCAGGAAGUUGAAGCGCUUCGGGGCCUUCAAGGCUUUGGGCUUGGCCCCGCCCAUGAUGUUCCAGUCCCACGUGGCCAUGCCGGGAGACAACCAGACCCUUACCCCCGUGGCGUGCAUGCCGGGCAUCCACGAGGUGCAGUUCUCGCAGCAGAUCAUGGGCAUUCUAGAAAACAUCGAGCCGGAGGUGGUGUACUCGGGCUACGAUGUCUCCCGGGCCGACAUCCCUCACCUCCUCCUCAACAGCCUCAACGAGCUGUGUGAGAAGCAGCUCCUGUGGAUCGUCAAGUGGUCCAAGUCUUUGCCAGGUUUUCGCAACCUUCACAUCAAUGACCAGAUGACGCUGAUCCAGUACUCGUGGAUGAACCUGAUGGUUUUCUCUCUGGGUUGGCGUUCCUUCCAGAACGUCAGCAGAGAGUUCUUGUACUUUGCUCCAGACUUGGUCCUCAGCCAGGAGCAGAUGAGAAGGUCGCCCAUCUACGACCUGUGCUCGGCCAUCCAGUUCAUCCCUCAGGAGUUCGCCAACCUCCAGGUGACGCGUGAGGAGUUCCUCUGCAUGAAGGCCAUCAUCUUACUCAACACAGUGCCGCUGGAGGGUCUGAAGAGCCAAGCGGCAUUCGAGGAGAUGCGUCAGAGUUACAUCCGCGAGCUGAGCAAAGCCAUGCAUGUGAAGGAGAAGAGCGCGGUGGCCAGCUCGCAGCGCUUCUACCACCUCACCAAACUGAUGGAUGCCAUGCACGAUAUCGUGAAGAAGGUCAAUCUGUUCUGCCUAAGCACCUUCAUCCAGGCCGACGCCAUGAACGUGGAGUUUCCCGAGAUGAUGUCAGAGGUCAUCGCUUCCCAGCUUCCCAAGGUGCUGGCGGGCAUGGUGAGGCCGCUCCUCUUCCACCCCAAGUGACCAUGCUCCUCCCAGCCUCUCCUUCACGGCUGCGUCUACAUGGAGUCCAGCAGCAAACCUUCUACAAUCAUCUUUCAUCUUCUUGACUGGGAAGCAGACUGACAACAAUCACGCUUCCUGCAAACACAGUCGGUCUGUUCCAGGGUCAAACUGUCAUCAUGCAACGUGCAGGCCAUGUUUGUUUACAUGAACAUACUGCAAACGCCAUUUGUACAUCAAUAUAAGGCAAUAUCUACAUGAAGCGAAUAAACGUUGACUUGGCAGAGGUGCCUUCUGCUUUUUUACGUUUCACACAAGUGCAAGAAGAAGGUGGUAAGUAGCUUUAGCAUUUUAGCGUUAGGUUUUGUACGUCUAAUGUGGCCACUAAUUGUGGUGAGAAUCAGCUAUUAGCAACACCGCUCACUGUAUGCACACUUUAUAAUGCUACACAGACAAGCGGUUUUGCUCAAUGACCCCAAAUAAAGACAGAUAGGACACUGAAAAA